AUGACGGACUCGACCGCCGCUUCGCAAAACAGCCCCUUCAUACGCCAACUCGCCGCCAAUGACAAGCGCAUCCGCGACAAAGCCCUCGACGGGCUGAGGCGCUACCUCGAUGGAAAGACCGGCAUGUCGGAGGUCGAGCUGCUCAAGCUAUGGAAGGGCCUCUUCUUCUGCAUGUGGCAGAGCGACAAGCCGCGCACGCAACAGCAGCUGGCGGUCGAACUCGCGGCACUGGUCGACAUCCUUCCUCUCAACACGGCGCUGGACUUUUUGGACGCGUUUUGGACUACGAUGGCGAGGGAGUGGGUGGGCAUCGACCGGCUAAGGAUGGACAAGUUCCUUUUCCUCGUCCGCCAGUACCUCAAUUCCUCGUUCAGCCUCUUUGCUCGUCAGCGCUGGCAGAACAAGGCCGCCCUGGAAAGGUACCUCGACAUCCUGCGGGAGACGCCGCUGAACCCCACCGACCCCAAGGUGCCAAACGGGCUGCGCCUGCACGUUCUCGACAUCUACAUCGACGAGCUAGAUAAGGUGGAUGAGAUGAGAGAGGGCCAUCUGCCUCUGGAACAAGUUCUAGCGCCGCUGCGCGAGCUGCGGGAGAAGAGCGUGACCAAGGCAAUCCGGAUUCGCGUGAAGGAGACGAUGGAGGAGGAUGAGCGACUGAAGGAUUGGAACAAUCCCAAGAAGCCCGAGGAACAGGCGCAGGACGAGGACGAGGAAUGGGGCGGCAUUGACGAGUGA